UCUAUCCAUAUUGAACCACUUGGGUCACUUCUCUGAAUCGAAUGAAUAUAUUUUAUUUUACUAUUAUAAUACUUAUUUAUGCAUAUACUUGAAAACAAAAUGUCUAAAUCACUAACAUGUCAAUUGAGGAAUGAAGAAUGUUGACAUUCGUCAAAUGGGCAUGUGAAAUGUUGCGAUGUCAAGUAUUGAUAUGUUUUAUUUGAUUUAUUUUAAACUAUAAGGUCUACAUUUCCAAAUGUAUCCGUAGAAAAUGAAGACAAGUCAUCAUGCGGUGCAUCAUAGUCCUUGGGGUGUGUGAGUGGAAGGGGGUGCGGCUGCCACAGUUCCAGAAGUGGGAGAGAGAAAGGCCUUUGAACCCCAGGGAGGCACAAUCUGCCGCAUAGACCGGUAUUAUCGUGAUGUCAGAGGAAGACGGUAAACCCGGCCAGGCUCUGGAGGCCAAGGCAGAGCCAGUGGCACCCAGUGGCCAGGGACCUGCGUCCGUGUCCACAACUGUGUCGGGGCCCCCUACCCCCACCGAGGAUGAGGAUGAGAGCGAAGACGAGUCUGAGAUCCUGGAGGAGAGCCCUUGCGGCCGCUGGCAGAAACGCAGAGAGGAGGUGAACCAGCGGAACGUCCCAGGGAUAGACGCUGCCUACCUGGCCAUGGACACGGAGGAGGGGGUGGAAGUGGUCUGGAACGAGGUCAUGUUCUCUGAGAGGAAAAACUUCAAGCUGCAGGAGGAGAAGGUGAAGUCUGUGUUUGACAACUUGAUUCAGCUGGAGCAUCUCAACAUUGUCAAGUUUCACAAGUACUGGGCUGACAUCAAUGACAUCAACCGUGCCAGGGUGAUUUUCAUCACAGAGUACAUGUCCUCAGGAAGUCUGAAGCAGUUUCUGAAGAAGACUAAGAAGAACCACAAGACCAUGAAUGAAAAGGCCUGGAAGAGAUGGUGCACCCAGAUCCUCUCAGCGCUCAGUUACCUCCACUCCUGUGAGCCGGCCAUCAUCCACGGGAACCUGACCUGUGACACAAUCUUCAUCCAGCACAAUGGACUCAUCAAGAUAGGAUCAGUGGCUCCAGACACCAUCAACAACCAUGUGAAGACCUGCAGAGAGGAACAGAAGAACCUGCACUUCUUUGCUCCUGAAUAUGGAGCUGUUGCAGAUGUCACUACUGCAGUGGAUAUCUAUUCCUUUGGGAUGUGUGCCCUGGAGAUGGCAGUGUUGGAGAUCCAGGGGAAUGGAGAAUCUUCCUACGUCUCUCAGGAGGCCAUCAACAAUGCCAUACAGUCACUGGAAGACCCACUACAGAGGGAGUUUAUUCAGAAGUGUCUGGAGGCUGACAUGUUUAAGAGGCCUACAGCCAGAGAGCUGCUAUUCCACCAGGCUCUGUUUGAGGUGCCACUGUUGAAGCUGCUAGCUGCACACUGCAUCGUCAGCCACCAGCAUAUGAUCCCUGAGAAUGCCUUAGAGGAGAUCACGAAGAACAUGGACCCCAACCUCAUCAUCGCUGAGAUAAAGGAGGGCGUGCAGCUCAAGCUGUCUCAGUUUCCUGCCCUGGAGCUGGAUAAGUUCCUGGAGGAUGUGAGGAACGGUAUCUACCCCCUGACAGCGUUCGGUCUGCCCUCUCGCCAGCAGCCCCAGCAAUCCCCUGUCAAAUCCCCCAUUGUCACCCCCUCUGUAAAAUCCCCUACCCCAGAACCUUCGGAACUGGAGACACGCAAGGUUGUUCAGAUGCAGUGUAAUAUUGAGCCAUUGGAGGAGGGUGCAAAACAUCAUCUGACACUACUGUUGAAGCUGGAGGACAAACUGAACAGACACUUAAGCUGUGACUUGUUACCCAAUGAGAAUGUAAAGGAACUGGCUGUUGAGCUGGUCCAACUGGGCUUUAUCAGCGAGGUGGACCAAAGCAGGAUGGCCACUGUACUAGAAGAGGCCUUCACCAAGUUCUUCAACAGGAAUGAUUCCCUCAACCCCGUUACUGUGUCCUCAUAACAGGAUCACCACGGACCCCAACUCCAGUACCUCUAUAUAUGCCUACAGGUACCUCCGUAGGUGGUUUGAAAUCGGAUACAAAUCUAAUUUCUAGCCGUGCGACUUGUCUGAACAGUCAAAUCUGAUUUAUUUUCCCUCAAAUAGUUUUUACUGUUAUUUGGCUUAUGUUGUUGCUUGAUAGCUUCUCUGUUGACAGUUUGACAAGAACAUGUGGUAGCUACCUAGCUUUUGUUAAUUGUUUACAAACGAUUGGGUGUGCAAGAGAGCUAAACUGCUAGCUAGUUGAUUGAUUGCUGUGGCUAGCCAAAAUAGCACUCGUUUUGAAAGUUUGGUCAUCUCAUCCUUUUGAGGUUUUAAAAGUGUUUCUUAAUUAACUCUGAUUUUGAACAUUUAAAGCAACCGGGAAAUGUCUAUGCCAGGCAUUGUUACCUUAGCUAACUACAUAAGUGAUAGGGAGCACCGCCACCAAUCAGCUUACACCACACCCCCGUUGUUAAUGACAACUAGUGUAGCCCUGUCAGCAAUGACUGCUGUCUGAACACCCAUUCAUCUGAUUUGGUCAGACGGGAGAAAUACUCCAGAUAUAGCAGACCCUAGCCCCCCGACACAAACUAUUGCAGCAUAAAUACUGGAGGCUGAGACAGGAGGGGCCGGGAGACACUGGCCCCAUCCAACGAUACCCCCGGACGGGGCCAAACAGGCAGGAUAUAACCCCACCCACUUUGCCAAAGCACAACCCCGAAUUACUAUCCCGAGACAAGGCUGAGUAAAGCCCAUGAAGAUCUCCCCCUCGGCACGAACCCAGACAGGAAGGUCAUGUCAGUGACUCAAGUGACGCACCCCUCCUAGGGAUGGCAUGGAAGAGCACCAGUGACUGUAAUAGGGUUAGAGGCAGAGAAUCCCAGUGGAAAGAGGGGAACUGGCCAGGCAGAGACCGCAUGGGCGGUUCGUUGCGCCAGUGCCUUUCCGUUCACCUUCACACUCCUGGGCCAGACUACACUCAAUCAUAGGACCUACUGAAGAGAUGACUCUUCAAUUAAGACUUAAAGGUUGAGACAGUCUCUCACAUGGGUAGGCAGACCAUUCCAUACAAAUGGAGCUUUAUAGGAGAAAUCCCUGCCUCCAGCUGUUUGCUUAGAAAUUCUAGGGACAGUAAGGAGGCUUGUGACCGUAGUGUACGUGUAGGUUUGUACGGCAGGACCAAAUGGGAAGGAGCAAGCCCAUGUAAUGCUUCGUAGGUUAGUAGUAAAACCUUAAUCAUCCCUAGCCUUAACAGGAAGCCAGUGUAGAGGCUAGCACUGGAGUAAUAUGAUCACAUUUUUUGGUCAAGAUUCUAGCAGUCGUGUUUAGCACUAACUGAAGUUUAUUUAGUGCUUUAUCCGGGUAGCCGGAAAGUAGAGCAUUGCAGUCGUCUAACCUAGAAGUGACAAAAGCAUUGAUCAAUGAGAAUGAAUGUGAAUUUGGUUGGGUCGCCCAAAAAGUAACAUUGCAGCUUUAAGGUCUGCAGUGUGAAUAAGGCUUAAUCUAUGGGGGACCAUAU